UCAGUCAAGUCGCCGUAUUCGUGGCGAGAGUGUGUCUUUAUUCGGAAUUAUCGACCAAUCGUGUUUAUUUUGAUUUCACACCGGAACUUUUGUUAUAGUGUACUUUGAAAUAAGCAUGGUUAACAAAAUGUACUUCGGCGGUGUCGAAGGAGGCGCAACACAUUCGAACCUGGUCAUCUGCGACGAAACAGGCAAAGUAGUUGGCACAUCUAAAGGCCCCGGUACGAAUCAUUGGCAACUUGGUGUAGAAGAAUGUGCCAAAAGGAUCAUAGACAUGAUACACGCUGCUAAGGAAGAUGCUGGGUUCCCGCUGGACAAACCUUUAGAUUCCUUGGGCCUUACCCUCUCAGGGUGCGAACAGGAAAGCAGCAACAAGGAACUAGCAGAGCGAGUGAGACAGAAAGACCCAACAUGUGCUAGAAGAGUCCAUGUGGCUUCAGACACAGCUGGCUCGCUGUUCACUGGCGCUCCUAAUGGAGGCAUGGUGCUUAUAGCUGGCACGGGAUCAAACGCGUUGUUGUACAAUGGAAAACAACAGUAUGGUUGCGGCGGCUGGGGUUUUCUCUUAGGAGAUGAAGGAGGAGCUUACUGGAUAGCUCAUCGUGCUGUAAAGACCAUCUUUGACGAAGAUGACGGAUUGCGUCCCUCACCGCAUCCCAUACACGCUGUCUGGGAGGUCAUCAAGGAACACUUUGGGACAGAGAACAGAGUGGACCUACUGCCGCAUGCUUAUAAGGAUUUUGACAAGUCCAAGUUCGCUGGUCUAACUUUAAAACUGUCCCAUCUCGCCCUCCGCGGCGACGCUCUCUCCCGGCACCUGUUUGCUGAAGCCGGCAGCGCGCUCGCAGCGCACGUGGCCGCACUUGCCCCCAAGACGAAUGCGAGGCAUGUGCGAGUCGUAUGCGUUGGCUCUGUGUGGAACAGCUGGGAGUUGUUGAAGCCUGGUGCGCUGAAAGAGCUUAAUAUUAGGAGGGUAAAACCCGAGCUAGAGCUCGUCAGACUCCGCGUCUCAAGCGCAAUGGGCGCCGCCUGGCUUGCAGCAAAGCAGCUCGACUACGAGCUGCCUCGAGACGACGCGGCUUUCUGUGAGAUCUUCUACACGUACACGCCCGAACACCAGAUGAAUGGGAACGGGAAGAUGAAUGGGACUAGUGGGAACUGCGGGUCAGCGGGCGUUGUAGGUUAUGUGUCUUUAAAGGAGCGAAUUUCGGCCGCUACGGUCUCAAGUAACGGUUUGCAAGGGAGAAGAGACAAGUUUAACUUUAUUUCUGAUGUGGUGGCUGUUUCGGCGCCGUCCGUGGUCUAUAUAGAGAUAAAAGACAGUCGGCGUAUGGACUUGUUCUCUGGGGAGCCUAUAACGUUGUCAAAUGGUUCUGGGUUUAUAGUGAAGGAGGAUGGACUGAUAUUAACGAACGCUCAUGUGGUGGUGAAUAAGCCGAAUGCGAGUGUGCGAGUAAAGUUGUCGGAUGGCUCCGUCCACAUAGGUGUAGUUGAGGACGUAGACCUGAAGUCGGACCUGGCCACACUCCGGAUCCCGGUGCGGGGGCUGCCCAUAAUGAAGCUGGGGACCUCCUCGGACCUCAAGCCUGGCGAGUGGGUAGUGGCAAUGGGCAGUCCUUUGGCUCUCAGCAACACAGUGACUGCUGGUGUUGUCAGCUCUACCCAGAGAGGGAGCGCGGAGCUUGGCCUACGAGGCAAAGACAUGGUGUACAUACAAACCGACGCGCCUAUAACGUUUGGCAAUAGCGGAGGUCCUCUAGUAAACCUAGACGGAGAGGCGAUCGGGAUCAACAGUAUGAAAGUCACUUCGGGCAUCUCGUUCGCCAUACCCAUUGAUUAUGUAAAAGAGUUCCUGCAGAAACGGACAACAAAGUCCCCGCAAGUGUCCCGGCGGUACCUCGGUAUCACGAUGCUGUCUUUAACACCCAACAUACUCAUGGAACUUAGGAUGAGGAAUCCAGAGAUGCCCACAGACAUAGACCAUGGUAUCCUGGUGUGGAAAGUCAUCAUUGGAUCGCCUGCUUACAAUGGCGGUCUUCAACCAGGCGAUAUAGUGACCAAUAUUAAUGGUAAGCCCGUGCAAACGGCAACCGACGUAUACGCCAUCUUGGAAAACAGCAGCGGCCUGCUCAAGGUAGACGUCGUAAGAGGGAGAGCGCGGUUGGCGCUCACUGUCACUCCCGAACAACACUGACUAUAGUUA